UUUGCUAUUAGCCCUGUGGUCAUUCCACCUUAUCUGCCGGUCUUUCUGCAGUGUAUUGGAAAUCGAUGAUUGGAGACGCCGUACAUUUGCCACGUGCCGUUGGAUAAUAUGUGAUUCGACAGGUUGUCUCAGAGCCCUUGCUCUGGGUUGUGUAAGUCACCAGUUACUCCCCUCACUUAACAAUUUGCAUAGUUGCUGUGAUAUAACAGAAACUCCACCACCACGUUUAAAAGUGUGUCCACCGAGGUUGACAGCUGCCGGAGUUCGUCACGCCCAUAAACGCCACCAUGCCCGCCGAAAAAGUUCCUGACACCCCAGUGGAGGUCCUUGUGGAUCUCCUGACAAAAGCCAGAGAGAUAGCUGCAUCAAGUGGUAAUGUCCCAGAAGAGUUGACCAGUCACCUGAAGAAGGCAGUGGACAUCGCCAGUGGCCUGGAUGACUACCUGGAGAAAAUGACCACACAGGAAAGUGAACCUCUGGCAGAGCUAUAUGAAAAAACAGUUUCUCAUGACUGGGAUCAAGUGCACAAGGACGGCAAAACUAUGUUCCGGCUUCCCAAGGAGUGCAUCACUGGACAUGUUGAAGGCCAGACUCUGAAGAUGCUGGUUCGCAUGAGUCAAGCCAAGAAGAUCCUAGAGAUCGGGAUGUUCACUGGCUACGGAGCUCUGUCCAUGGCCGAGGGGCUUCCUGAGGACGGUUGCUUAGUUGCUUGCGAGUUAGAGCCAUACCUCAAAGAGUUUGCUCAGCCCAUUUUUGACAAGUCUCCGCAUGGAAAGAAGAUUACUGUCAAAACGGGAUCUGCCAUGGACACCUUAAAAGAACUGGCUGCUGCAGGUGAGCAGUUUGACAUGGUCUUCAUCGAUGCUGACAAGAAUAAUUACAUCAACUACUACAACUUCAUUCUGGACAACAAUCUGCUGAAGCUACGAGGGGUCAUAUGUGUAGAUAACUCACUGUUCAAGGCCAAGGUUUAUCUGAAAGACACCACAGAUAGCAACGGACUGGCGCUUCGUGAAUUCAACCAGUUUGUCUCCAGUGACCCUCGUGUGGAGCAGGUCAUCAUCCCCCUCAGAGAUGGGCUCAGUGUUAUCUGCCAGGUCUCUGUGGCCUCUGAGUGCACAAGGACACAGAGUGAAGUAACAGAUGAUGAGGUUUUCCGUGGUGUCCAGGGGCGCCCCAUCCUCGAUCGGAUGCGUCUUGAUGGAAAGGUGGCUUACGUGACGGGUGCCGGUCAGGGUAUAGGCCGAGCAUUCGCUCAUGCCCUGGGGGAGGCUGGUGCAAAGGUGGCUGUGGUGGACUUGGACAAAGUUAAAGCUGAGGCAGUGGCUAAAGAGCUCUCACUCAAAGGCAUCAAUGCUGUUUCAAUCACAGCUGAUAUUAGCAAGUCAGAUGAUGUCCAGAAGAUGAUUGACAGCAUUGUCUCCAAAUGGGGAGCGAUCCACAUCGGCUGUAACAACGCCGGCGUCAACAUGAACUCAGCCAGUGAAGACACCAGUCUAGAGGAGUGGGACCAAACCUUUAACGUCAACCUGAGGGGGACUUUCAUGUGCUGCCAGGCAGCAGGUCGAGUGAUGUUGAAGCAAGGAUACGGCAAGAUUAUCAACACAGCCUCCAUGGCCAGUCUAAUAGUCCCACAUCCCCAGAAGCAGCUUUCCUACAACACAUCCAAGGCUGGAGUGGUCAAACUGACUCAGACCCUGGGCACCGAAUGGAUUGACAGAGGAGUGCGUGUCAACUGCAUCUCACCGGGGAUUGUUGACACCCCUCUCAUCCACUCGGAGAGUCUGAGGCCUCUGGUGCAGCGCUGGCUGUCAGAUAUCCCUGCUGGUAGACUGGCUCAAGUGACAGACCUGCAAGCUGCAGUGGUCUACUUGGCAUCUGACGCCUCCGACUACAUGACAGGGCAUAACUUAGUCAUAGAGGGUGGGCAAAGUCUGUGGUAGAGGGGGGUAGAUGAAGAGAUGAAAACUUUUUUUCCUCUUCACUCUCCUGGGAUUAGUCUCAGAAAUAGGUGGCAUUCACAUUAUCUCCCUCUGACACAUUCACGUCAGUGUUAACUUUUGGUCAGCAAUCAAAAAAACUGUAUCAUAAUAAUAGCGGUACAACAGCCAUCAGUCUUCUUAUCACACAGUAGAUAUUUGCUGACUUGUUUGGGGAAAAGUCCAAGAGUGAAAAGGAAAACUGUAACUUUUCUUUAAAACCCGUCCCAAUUGUUUUGUCACAACUUCUGCUGCAUAUUCUCUUGACAUUUUUUAUCCACUGAAGUCUGUUUAAACAGUUUUUUUUUAAUGUGACUGUCAGUGUCUUAAAUGCCACUGAGAGAAAUUUAUAUUUUUCUGUUGUAUCAUGGAAAAGUUGAGUUUUUUUAAUCUUAUUUUUUAUAACUACGUUUCAUACAAAUGCAGUUCAAAGUGCUUUAGAGGAUAAUAAAGGAAUGACAGUUGCAAUGAACGAAGGCUUCUGUGCAUGAGUACAGUGCAUGACUGACUAUAUGUGUGAUUUUUACAUAACCAAAUAAACUGACACAUCUAAGCUGCGGUAUCUUCUGUAUGUUACACAGUAUAUAUUGGCACCAGGAGUAAAACCUUGUUUAUUAGCUUUAAAUGU